AUGCUACUGCUCGACAAUACGCAGCUCUUCCUUGAUAUUGCGGCUUGUCUCGUGGUGGUAGUAGUGAUUGCUCGGACUUCUCGUCCUAGAUCAAAGCAUGGCCUUCCUCUCCCACCUUCCCCUCCUAAUUGGAGACUUAUGGGACACUUCCUUCCCCCUCGCAACUCAUUUCUCACUGUAGCGAAAUGGAUUGACGAGUACGGUCCUCUAAUUACCAUUCGUACAGGAACUGAGAAAGUCGUUAUUAUCGGCCGCUACAAAGCCGCGGUGGACAUUAUGGAGAAGCGGGGCGGAGUACUGGCUGAUCGUCCUUCCAUGAGUGCUGGACAAAUGCUAACCGGUGGAUUGACCAUCGCUUUUGCACGCGUCGGGGACAGAUUUCGUCGGAUGCGUAGAGCACUUCAUACGCAUCUCAAGCCUAAGGCAGCUGAGGCGUAUCAGCCUCAGCAGAUGUCAUUCGCGAAGAACACGGUCCUUAACAUUCUUGAUGACCCAUCCAACUUCCAGAACCACGUGAUAAGUUAUGCUGUGACGACGGUUUUGACAGUGGCAUAUGGGAAGGCUACACCCACGUCUGCGGCUGAUCCCGAAGUUAGAUCGGUUCGUCAGCUCAUGAGUGUAUUUCGGACAGUCCUGCGCCCUGGCGCUUACUGGGUGGACACGAUCCCUUGGCUCAGAUACAUUCCUUGGUACGGCAGAAAAUUUACAAAGGAGUUUGAGAGCAACCGGAAACUCUUCGCCAGUCAGAUGAACCGAUUGAAACAACAAUUACAGAGCAAUGUGGACGUCGGUCCUUCGUUCGGGAGAUAUUUGCUAGAAAAUGAACAUCUCCUUGGCUUAUCAGAGUUGGAGAUGCAUUUUCUUUCUGGCACCUUUUUUGCAGCUGGCAGCGAUUCGUCUGCUGCAGCGAUAUGCACGGUCCUAAUGGCAGCUGCAUGUUUUCCCGAGGAGCAAGCUAAAGUCCAGGCUGAGUUUGACGAGGUCGUUGGAAGGCACCGAGCACCGACCUUCGCUGACCAACAAUCUCUUCCUCUGCUAUUGGCCUUCAUCUCCGAGGCUUUGAGAUGGAGACCGCUGGGUCCCAAUGGGUUUCCUCACCGAACAACUAAAGACGUGAUUUGGGAAAACUAUUGCAUUCCCGCCGGGACUACGGUAGUCGGUAGCCAUUGGGCCAUCUCGCGAGAUUCAGAAGUUUACCCUGAUCCUGACGUGUUCAAGCCUCAGCGUUGGAUUGAUGACCAAGGUCACUUGAGAGACGAUCUCGCAUUUUUUGUCUAUGGGUUUGGUCGGCGCGUAUGCCCCGGUCUACACCUGGCGAACAGAUCAGUGUGGAUAAACUCGGUUCUUAUUUUUUGGGCCUUCCGGCUCACUCUAGAUCCUACGAAGCCGUUGGAUGACGUGGGUUUCAUGCGUGUGGCGAUGCCACAUGUCUCUUGCCCUAUUGUGUUUACACCGAGGGUUCCAGACGCGGAGCUCAGGCGCAUCAUGCAUAUUUAUCCCGAGGUCGAAUGA